AUGACACAGCUUUACAGCUCCUCGGCCAAAUUAUUUUCGUUACUAUACUCGUCCAACAAGAGCGGGCGACACCAACAACAGCACCAGCAACAACAACAUAAUUCAUCCAUAUCUUCAAAUACCACACAUAUUGCUGUCAUCACUCAAAAGGAUGGCACUGUAGUUACUCGAUGCUUAAACAGGCGCCCUUUAACAUCGCCGACCGAUUCUUCAAUAUCCAACAGCACAUCACAAAGCUCCAAGAAGCAGCGCUGCUUUGCCUUUUUGAAAUUCUCCGGUUUAAGGAACCGAUCCUCACCUUUAGUGGCAGGGCCAUCAUCAUCACCUUUACCAUCAUGCGAUAUCCUGCAACGUCUUCCACCUGAGGUCAUUCAACUUGUGCUUGUGUAUCUCGACUGUGCAAGCAUUGCAACCCUAUCAAGGACAAAUAGACAUAUGCAUGCAGUGUGCAGUGACGAUGGUUUAUGGCGUACGCUAUUGACUCGACACUUUGGUGCUCGAAUCAAGCAUCCUAUUUUACCAGCAUCUGACUAUUAUCGCCAUCAUUCACUUUUGGAAAAAAGAUGGCAACGAGGGCAAGCACAAGCACGGUAUAUGGUGGGGCAUACAGAUAGCGUCUAUUGUAUUAUGCGGUAUGAUGAACGAUACCUUGUCAGUGGUAGCAGGGAUCAUUCUAUACGCAUUUGGGAUUUAGCAACAUACACAUGCGUGGCAAGUCGCACACAUCACGAUGGCAGCGUAUUGUGUCUCAAAAUUCAGCGUGAUAGCGGACAUCAUUGGAUGGUAUCUGGAUCAUCGGAUGGUACAUGUGUCAUUUGGCAUUCGCUACCAGCCUUGGUUCCUGUACAUCGCUUACGAGGUCAUACGAAUGGUGUAUUGGAUGUAUGCAUUGUCAAUGAAUGGAUCGUAAGUGCCUCACGUGAUGGCACGGUGCGUGUUUGGGAUCAGCUUACGGCAAAGGAAAUUCGCCGUCUCGAUGGCCAUGGUGGACCUGUCAAUGCACUACAACAAAUUCGUGGUACAUCACAUGUUGUUUCAGCUUCAGGAGAUGGCACACUUAAAGUAUGGAAUGUGGAUACUGGAGAGUGUUUACGAACUCUUGUUGGGCAUCUACGUGGUCUCGCAUGUGCAAAAUAUGAUCCCAUGGCUGGAAGGAUCUUUAGUGGUGGCCAAGAUGCAUUGCUUAAAGUAUGGAAUGCCAAUACUGGUGACUGUAAAGCAACACUCGUUGGCCAUGAUCAGCUCAUUCGUACAGUGGAUUGUUACGGGGAUCGUGUGAUCACAGGCAGCUAUGAUCGUACUCUCAAGGUCUGGGAUGCCAAUACAGGUCAAUGCCUGUUAAACUUUCAAAACGCUCAUGACAGCUGGAUUUUCAAUGCAUUGAUUAGCCCCACACAGAUUAUCAGCGCCGGUCAAGAUAAACGGAUUUUAGUACUAGAUUUUGGUCAUGACUUGCAUCUCGGAGAAAGCAGUUGUUGA